UUCACUUUGUACCCAUACAACAACAAUAUCAACAACACAGCCAUGGGGAAAGGACACUCCAAAUCUCAUGCGCCCGAACCAACAAAAACAAACUUUCUCAGCAAACCAUGGAGGGAAAUAAACUGGGGAGACAAACAGAGCGUUCUGCAGUUUGUGAAGAACUUCAAACCUCAUGUUGAAGGUCAGCAGAUCAGGAUUCUUCUUCAUGGACCAGAAGGAGCUGGAAAGUCCAGUUUCAUCAACUCUGUCCAGAGCGUCCUACUAGGCGAAAUGUACACGCAGGCUUUGGAGGAUAACAUUGGUCAUGACAGUUUCACCAAAAAGUACACAACCUACAAGAUCCAGAAAGAAGACCCACAGUCCUUCUACCCGUUUGUCUUCAAUGACAUCAUGGGCUUGGCGCCAACCAAAGGAGUCCAUGUGGACGACAUCAAACUGGCUCUGAAGGGGCGUGUGAUGGACGGUUACAGGUUCAAUCCUGAAUGGAGGCUGUCAGAGGAUGAUCGGCUCUAUAACAACUCUCCAGAUGACAAUGACAAAGUGCACGUUCUGGUCUGUGUUGUUCCUGCAAGCACACUUUCUCAGAUGAAUGACAAAACUGUGCAGAAGAUUCGGGACAUCAGGAUGGAAGCCAGUGCUCUGGAUAUUCCUCAAGUGGCCAUUGUCACCAAAAUUGAUGAAGUCUGUCCUGAAAUUAUGGAAGAUUUACAGAAUGUCUACAAGGUCGAGUACAUGAAGGAAAAGAUGCAGCAGUUCAGUGCAGAGGUGGGGAUCCCCAUGAAGAGCAUCUUCCCUGUGAAGAACUACCAUGAUGAGAUAAACCUCAACAACGACAUCGACUCACUGAUUCUGAGCGCCAUGAAACACAUCAUCACCGCUGGAGAAAACCACGUCAACUUCAAGAAGAAUCAGUCUGGAUGAUCAGGCACAUGGGCUUAAUCACAGCAUAAAUUAUGUCAAAUAAUAAUCAGUGACAUUAACCUGCAGCAUCUCAAUCCUGUGCAUGACUUCAUUACUCUUAACUAUGCUUAUCUGUUUGUACGUGCUUUAGUUUAACUGUGAUAUUAGAUAUGGCUGAUCAGAUUUAACGUUGAGUUGGAAUGAAAAAUGUCUUUAACCCGUCAAAAUUACAUCCACAGUUUUAUUGUGCACCUUUUCAACAACUGUUUGCCAAAAUAAAGACAAAUAUUAAAUUUGUUCCUAUUUUUA